AUGACUCGGAAAAUACACAAACUAUUGCCAUGGACUUUAGCGGAUCUCUGUGAUAAUGUGCUCCUGGAGUACGGGGCCCAACGCGCUUGUGUGGCUUCUGCUGCCGUAGCCAGCUCCUUCGAAGACUAUGUUAAUGAUCUCCUGCGCUUGAUUGAUGAUGCUUUUAACUUGGAUGAAGUUGAUGUCGCGGAUUCUGUGCCUGGUAGCUCCCUUGAUAAUCCUUUGAUUGUUACUGAUGCUAGUAUCUUUUCCGGUCAUCGUCCGGUUGCUUAUUCUGGCCGUGGUGGUUCCGGCCGUGGUGAUGCCUCCGCCCGGUCUGGCCGCCGCCCGUCCUCCCGAUCCUAA